AUGGCCAACCCCGAACCACGAUUGAUCAUCAUUGGAGGCGGCGUGGCUGCAAUUGCACUCGGAGUGAAAUUGAAGACUCAGUUGGGCUUUAAGAACUUCAUCGCCUAUGAGAAAGAAGCUGGAAUUGGCGGCGUCUGGCGUACGAACACGUAUCCUGGAGUCGGCUGCGAUGUGGACUCACACCUAUACUCCUUCUCCUUCAACCUCAAUCCCAACUGGUCCCGACGGUUCGCCGAUCAACGGGAGAUUCUUCAGUAUAUGGAGGACACUGUGGAUAAGUUCGACAUUCGCGACCACUUCGUUUUGAACACCAAAGUUGUCGAAGCAGCGUGGAUAGAAGAAGAGGCGGUAUGGGAAGUUCAGCUCGUCGAUCUCGAAACAGAAUAUCAAUACUCGAAAAAGGCAGAAUUUCUGGUCUCUGGCUGCGGCGUCCAGUCAUAUCCCAAACCCUGCGAUAUUCCUGGGUAUGAGAAAUUUAAAGGCGCCAUUUGGCACUCGGCCAGAUGGAACCACGACUAUAACCUGAAGGGCCGGCGAGUGGCCGUGAUUGGGAACGGCUGCUCGGCGGCGCAAUUGGUGCCAUACGUGGUUAACGACGCCGCGUAUGUCUACCAGUUUCAACGAUCACCCCAAUGGAUCAACGAGCGACCCAACAAAGAGUUCUCAGCUUUCCAAAAGCUGUGCUUCAAGUAUUUGCCUUUAUGGCAACGGCUCUAUCGGUUCUAUCUUUGGAAAACAACUGAUGCCUUACACGAACUCUACACUUCGGACACUAAACACGCCGUGGCAGCUCGUGAAGCUGCAACGCGAGAGACCAUCGCGUACAUGAAGAAAAUGGCGCCGGCCAAAUACCACAAAAUCCUUAUUCCAGAUUUCCCACUCGGGUGUAAGCGUCGCGUUUUCAACCCUGGGUGGCUCGAAUGCUUGCAUAGCCCUAAUCUUGAACUCACCACGGAGAGAAUCAUUGAGAUCACUGAGACGGGACUCCGAACGAGUAAGAGGACAAUUGACGUUGAUGCCAUCGUCUUGUCGACGGGAUACAAUAUGCAGGAAUUCCUGUCCCCAAUCAAGCUGACGGGACGCAACGGCAAGACACUAUCAGAACACUGGAAGGAAACCCGCGGUGCUCAGGCUUAUAAGGGUACGUUCGUCAGUGGAUUUCCCAACUUCGGAAUCGUCUUUGGGCCGAAUGCCUUCCCGGCACAUAACUCGGUUAUCUAUACAGACGAAGUCCAGGUAGAAUUCAUCAUCAAGACGGUGAUUCAGCCGGUACUCGCCGGGCACUUCAAAGUCAUAGACAUCAAGGAUUCCGCUGAGACGCUGGACGCGAACCACGUCCAGAGGAAGUUACAGACGAUGGUAUGGAGUGCCAAUUGUGUGAAUUGGAAUCGUGAUGGCCGAGGCAGAAACACGACAAACUAUUUUGACACUACGUGGAUGUUCUGGUACCGCUUGUACUGGCCCGUAUGGAAGGAUUAUACCAUCUCCGGCGGCAGAGGUACCCAUCCAAUCCAUCCGCUGUGGAAGCUCGCCGCAAGCGUUCUUGGUGUUGGUUGUCUGGCAGAGGUGGCCUGGCACUUCUCUCCUGCUCUGGUGCAGUCCCUAUCGGCACUCUACAAACUGGGUUUCUAG